GCCAUUUGUUUAUUAUUAAGCUGGGCUGCUAUCUAUUGGUGCUCUGGUAGGGUGUAUCCUAGCAGGACCAACAAUGGAUAAAUUUGGAAGAAGAAAAACUCUUUUAGUGUUUACCAGUGGAUUGUAUCUGUCUGGGUUUAUUCUCAUUUUACUUGCAACCGCUCCAGCAAUGGUUCUUAUUGGAAGGUUCUUGAACGGAAUGGGUUUAGGUUUCGUCCUCGCUGUAUCCUCCAUUUAUAUCGUGGAGAUUGCAACAACUGAUCUCCGAGGAUUUCUGGGAUGUUUUGUUCAGUUUCUUGGAAGCAUUGGUGUACUUAUUAUUUUCUCAGCAGGAUGCUUUCUAAACUGGUUUCAGCUAGCAGGAUUAAUGAUUGUGAUGGUUGUUCCAUUUGUUAUUGGAAUGUAUAUUUGUCCAGAAUCUCCAAGAUGGCUUUACUCAAAAGGACUAGAGGACGAGGGCAGGACUGCUCUGGAAUGGUUGAGAGGAACGGAUUCCCCCCAAGCACUCCAGGCAGAAAUCAGGGCUAUAAAGUUGGAACAAGUUAAAAAGAAGAAAAAUACAGUUUCAGUAAAGGUUCUAGGAGAAGCAAGUAUUUUAAAACCUUUCCUUAUUUCUAUUUUUAUGAUGUUCUUCUUAAACCUAUCCGGAAUGACAGUUAUGAUCUUCUACUGCAAUUCUAUAUUCAUGUAUUCAAGAGCAAAUAUAUCUUCAAAUCUAGGUAGUGUAGUGGUUGGACUAGUUCUACUUGUUUCUUGUGUUGCUGCCAUUUUCUUUAUAACAAGGAUGGGCCGAAGGGUGAUACUGAUUGCUUCAAUGUCUGGGAUGACAGUAUGCUAUUUUCUAUUAGGAGGAUGUUUCUAUGCUAUCGAAUCUGCAAAUGUAGAGAUUUCUAAAGCUCAGGGAUCACCAGAUAUGGUGGUGGACCCUCUAGAGAACUUCCCUGGUUGGCUUCCACCCUUGGCAAUCCUUGUUCUUCUGUUCCUGGGGAACGGAGGAUACGGAACUCUUAUCUGGGUUGUAACAGCUGAACUUUUACCCCCACAUGUCAGAAGCAUUGGCAACUCAAUCAUCAUCUGUUUCUCAUUCAUCAUGGGAUUCAUUGUUUCAAAAACAUUCGUUGAUCUGAUCAUGGCAAUAGGUGCUUCUGGAACCUUCUGGUUGUAUGCUUCUAUUUGUGGUGCUGGGACAAUCUAUACUAUUUUCCUUGUACCAGAGACGAAAGGCAAGACGGUCGAACAGAUUGCACAGAUGUUCAAGAAGAAUUAAAAAAGAAUUGUGUACAAUAAGAAUAUUAUGUAUUUACGAUGUGUUUAAGUUUUAGUAAAGAAAGUGCAAAAAAACA